AUUUUGGUGUGCGUCUGUUGCAGCACAUGCCCUAGCUCAUAAUAUGGGCAUUGAGCAUGAUAAACCCGGUUGUCAGUGCUUUCGAAGAAAGCACUGCGUCAUGGCUCCUGAGCCUGAUUUCUUGGAUAUGCUGAGCAAUUGUACUUACAACAAAAUACAUCGCAAGCUCACUAUGUGGGAUCCUUGUUUGAGCAUACCAAAUGUACCGUACACCAAUUAUCCUUAUGUAGCUGGUCGUUGUGGUGACCUGACUGUAGAUCAGAAGGAAGAAUGUGACUGUGGCUCCUUAAAACAGUGCUCUAUAAAUAAGUGUUGCGAGAGCAAUUGUAUCCUCUCCCUUGGCAGUGAUUGCAAUGGAGGACCCUGCUGUGUUAACUGCAAAUAUGCUCAACCCGGACUGCUUUGCAGAGACAUGCUUGGUAUUUGUGAUCUCCCAGAAUACUGUGAUGGGAGAUCGCAUAAUUGUCCUAAUGACUUUUACACCCAGGAUGGAACCCCAUGUUCAGCAUUGGCUGUCUGCGUGAGAGGAAACUGCAGUGAUCGUGAUAUGCAGUGCCAAUCCCUCUUUGGCUACCAAAUAAAAGAUGCAGCACCAGUAUGCUAUGAAAAAUUGAAUAUAAUAGGUGACCGAUUUGGGAACUGUGGGGUGAAGUUGGUACGAGGAGGAGGAAAACCUGUGAAAUGUGAAGUUGAUGAUGUUCUUUGUGGAUUGCUGCACUGUCGUGAUGUCGAAGAAAUUCCUGGUGGAGGUGACCACACUACGUUUCGUCAUAUAAUAGUACGUGGUGAUAAGGAAGAGUUGUGCUUUGGAUACGAUGCACACCAUGGGACAGAUCUGCCAGAAAUGGGGCUUGUCGUGGAUGGGGCCACAUGUGGCCCAGGAAGAUACUGUUUUCAACAGAAUUGUACUUUUGUUCAAGACCUGGGGUUUGACUGCGAUGUUAAGACAUGUAAUUUCAGAGGGGUGUGUAACAACAAGAAACAUUGUCACUGUAUGAGAGGUUGGAAACCCCCAUCUUGUGAAGAGAGGGGAGCAGGUGGUAGUAUAGAUAGUGGCCCUCCACCUGACAGAGAAUAUGGACUUCGAGCCAAAAUAAUUGUUAAUAUGAACCAUGCAUUACUUCUACUGAUUAUUCGCUUAUUUGCUUUAGUGACUUCAGGCAUCAUUGGUGCCUUUCAUCAUUUAGAAGAGAAGGAAUAAGAAAACACUAAAAAAGCAAAAUUACCUCCACGUAGUAAAUACUGACUGGAAUGCACCAGAAGGAGAAAACCGUAUUGGCAUGUACUGGGAGAAAUGACGAGAAUCACUCCAAUGAUUACAUAAUCCUAAAGCUACUCUG